AUGGAAGUGAAUGUGGGUCUUCGUGUGGUUCGUGGGCCCGACUGGAAGUGGUCUAACCAGGAUGAUGGUGAGGGUCACUGCGGGACUGUCGUAGAGGUGGGUCGACCCGGAUCUACGACCACUCCCGACAAGACAGUUGUGGUUCAGUGGGACUCUGGUUCGCGCACUAACUAUAGGAUUGGUUACCAAAAUGCAUACGAUUUGCGGGUCUUAGACAACGCGACCAUUGGUUUCAGACACUACAACAUCAUAUGCAACGGCUGUAAGAAGCACGGCGUGGCCGGCAUCAGGUGGAAGUGUUUGGUGUGUCAGGGCGUCGACCUCUGCACCCUCUGCUACAUGAAUGACAAACACGAUCUCAACCACACAUUCGCUCGCUUCGAGACCUACACCUCUCCCGGAGUCGAAAUGACUAAAAGAAACUCAAAAAAUAACGUUAAGAUCCAAUCGCGAGGAAUAUUUGUUGGCUCGAGAGUCAUGAGAGGUUAUGACUGGGAUUGGGCUAAUCAAGAUGGUGGUGAGGGGAAAGUGGGGAAAGUGAUAGACAUCAGGGGAUGGGAUAACGAAUCUCGAAGAAGUGUUGCGAACGUGAUGUGGGCCUCCGGUUCCACUAAUGUCUACAGAGUUGGCCACAAAGGGAAAGUGGAUUUAAAGUAUGCGGUCGACGCUCCGGGACCUUAUUAUUAUCGAAACCAUUUGCCAGUAUUGGGACAACCGAUCGAAGGCUUCAAUCGUAUCGCUAUCGCCCGUUCCUUAUCGACCUGUGCUGACAAUCAGAGGAACGGUAUGACCGCACCGUUCAAUGUCGGCGACAAAGUGAAGGUUAUUAUUGAAGACGUGAAUGAACUGAAAGCACUCCAAGAAGGACACGGAGGUUGGAACCAACGAAUGGCCGAAUUUAUUGGUCACAUCGGGACUGUGCAUAGAGUGACAGAUAAGGGAGACAUUAGAGUGCAGUUCGAGGGCUGUCACAAUCGGUGGACAUUCAAUCCAAACGCUUUGAAUAUAGUUAUCUCGUACUCUGUGGGAGAUAUCGUUAAGAUUUGUGAUGACAUUAAUAAAGUGAAAGAACUGCAGAAAUGUCACGGAGAGUGGAACGACCACAUGUCCGGUGCCAUCGGCAAAAUGGGCAAAAUUGUCAAGGUUUACGAAGACCACGACCUCAGGGUCACAGUCGACGGCCAGACCUGGACUUUCAACCCUCAGUGCGUCUCAUUAAUGCCCGGAUCAGCCACCGAAAUGAAUAACACAAUGAUUUCACACCCGACCAGAGAAGACACCAACUCUCGGUUGGGUAACCUCUUAGACCACGAGCCAAGUCAUGGCACCACUAGUUCCCAGUCAGAAGAAGUUCCCAUAUCUGCCAAUAGUGUGACGCCUUCCAUGCGCGUCAACAAAGACAACUUAGCCCGGGAGGCAGCGCAGGGACGCCUCGAAGCCGUCAAACAGAUUCUCGACAAAUACCCCGAAUGUGUUGACCACAAGAGUUCUGGCAAAACAGCCCUUCAGGUGGCCUCACAUCAGGGACACCUCGAAAUUGUAUCUUUGCUUCUGGAGGCGAGGGCUGACAUCAAUCUUCGCGAUGAAGAGGGAGACACUGCUCUCCAUUACGCGGCCUUUGGAAACCAAAGUGAUGUAAUGGAACUCCUAUUGACCAAAGGGUCGGAUAUCGACGCCGUUAACCGGACCCGAUGUUCAAGUCUUCACAUCGCAGUCAACAAGAAUCAUAUAAAUUGUGUCCGCGUUCUCCUCAAGUUUGGCUGCAAUUGCAAUCAAUUGGACUCUUAUGGUGACAGUGCUCUACACGACGCGAUCGGAAAACUGGAGAAUUUGGAAAUAAUUGAUUUACUGAUAUCUUCGCCCGGAAUUAACUUUAGUCUAAGGAAUAGAAGAGGUUUUAAUGUUUUGCAUCACUCGGCGCUCAAAGGAAAUCAUUUCGCCACCGAAAAGAUUAUUACAAAAUCGCGUCAAUUAGUCGAUUGCAAGAAAGAGGACGGCUUUGCGGCCCUCCAUUUGGCAGCUCUUAACGGCCACUUGCAGAUCGUGGAGAUACUUAUAAUUCAGGGACAGGCAGACAUCGAUAUACAAAACAAUAGAAAGCAAACGCCUUUAAUGCUAGCCGUGGGUCAGUCCCACUGCGCUAUCAUUGAACUAUUGGUGCGAUUGAGCGCUAAUGUGGACAUUGUUAACGAAGAUAACGACAGUGCCCUACACUUAGCACUCGCCAAAUGUCGCGAAUCACUAAAAGCUGAUUCUGUUGUCACAAAUUCUACCGUCAUUUCCGAUAUUCUGAACAAACUGUCAGCCAUUGGUUUCGGACAAAACAUAAACCUAGCGAUUGCUUGUUUCCUAAUACAAGAGGCAAAUGCAGACAUCACUCUCAAGAAUAGGAGAGGAAAGACGGCACUCGAUAUGCUCGAAAUGGCCAAACAAGUGGACAGUCAGUCCAACACAAGUGCAUUGAAUUAUAAUUUGGCCAAAGAUUUUAUAGUAGGUUUAGUCGAUCGCAGAAAAAGUCGAGUAAAGAGUCAGGAGAGGGGAGUGGCUGUGAGCACAUCCUCUGGUGAUGUGAUUAAUGUGAAUCAAUCGGACUCUGACUCGACUCGUAAUCCUGCGGUGACUGGCAGUGAGAGUGGCAUCAGUUUAGUGGACAUGAAUACUAACAAUGAGUGCAUUCUAUGCAAUGAAUUAACGGCUUCCGUGGUAUUCAAACCAUGCGGUCAUUCAGUGGUCUCAGAGAUUGAAGAAGCGAACAGUUGUACCAUUUGUAUGAUUCCCUACACACACAACGGUGUCCUCCGCAUGGCCUUCCUGUGCGGUCACUCCGCCUGCUUUAACUGCGCCCAAACUCUCAAGACGUGUCACAUGUGUAGGAAAACUAUUACCAGAAAAAUCAAUCUCUAUUAA